GGGAUGAGAGAGAGAGGAGUGAGCAGGUCUCCGAUUAAACGCAUACCACCAAUUAAACAAAAUAUAUAAAAACAAACACAUUUGGAAUAGAAAGAGGAUACACGGAACGUUCCCCGUGAAUUGCAGUGCACGAGCCGUUGAAAAAUUUAAUUUGCUGGAGUAAAAUAAUACACUUGGAAUGCUACCUUUUUUCGUGGUCUCGGAGCUGGGAGCGACCAUGUUAGGGAGGUCAUAAUAAUGGAGAACCAGCUGCCCUAUCGCAGCUCGAGGAUCUAGGAGGAUAGAGGGAUUCACCACUAAAGGGAGAAAGCCAUGAAUGUGCACCACCACCCUAUCUAACCAAUUGGAGUGGAAUGAUAGCUGUGCUGGUAGAAACUUUUCUUGAAAUUGACAAAGCAAUGACAGGGGGAAUAUAAUGGCCAAGAACAAGGAGGCACGCCCCCUAACAUAUGCUGUCAGUGUUGUUGGCCUCUCAGGGACAGAGAAGGAGAAGGGCAACUGUGGCGUGGGCAAGUCCUGCCUAUGCAACAGAUAUGUGUGUUCCAACGCUGACGGCUACUAUACUGAGCACACUUCUGUGUUGAGCACAAUUGACUUUGGAGGUCGCGUGGUGAACAAUGAUCACUUCCUCUACUGGGGUGAAGUGCCACACCGAAGCGAUGACGGGCUCGAGUGUAAAAUUCAAAUCAUUGAACAAACGGAGUUCAUUGAUGAUCAGACUUUCUUGCCACAUCGCAGCACAAACCUGCAGCCCUAUAGUAAAAGGGCUGCAGCCUCCAAGCUACAGUCUGCUGAGAAGCUGAUGUACAUUUGCACCGACCAGCUUGGCCUGGAACAGGAUUUUGAUCAGAAGCAGAUGGCCGAUGGGAAACUGAACAUUGACGGUUUUUUAUUGUGCAUAGACGUGAGCAAAGGCUGCAAUAGGAAAUUUGAGGAUCAGAUGAAAUUUGUCAACAGCCUUUAUUCUCAAAUGGUCAAAUCGAAAAAGCCCAUCGUCAUUGCUGCAACUAAAUGUGACGAGUGCAUGGAGCAGUAUCUAAGGGACCUUCAGGUGUUCGCUGCAAGCAAAAAGAACCUCCUGGUGGUAGAAACGUCAGCUCGAUCUAGAAUCAAUGUAGACCUCUGUUUUAACGCGUUGACCCAGCAGAUGGACAAACCACGAGGCAAACCCAAAAUCAUUCCUUAUUUGGAGGCCUAUAAAGUUCAGCGACAGUUAGUAGCCACAGUGUCCGACAAGUUUGAAAAGAGGAUUGUACAAACCGUCAGAGAUUAUCACACAAGUUGGAAAACAGUGAGUAACAUGUUGAAAAACCACCCUGACUAUGAGGAAUACAUCAACUUGGAAGGCACCCGAAAAGCUAGAAACACCCUCAACAAGCACAUCGAACAGCUGAAGCAGGAACAUAUCAGGAAAAGGAGGGCAGAAUACUUCUCGAGCCUGCCAAAAAUUCUCAAUAACUUGCUCAACAACUUGGAAGAACUCGAGAACCUGAGCUGGUCGGAGGCUCAAAGUAUCUUGAAGAGCAGGGCUGAGUUUCAUUUCUGGUUUGUGGUGCUGGAACACACUCCGUGGGAUGAGACGGACCAAAUUGACAAAGUCAACGACAGAAGAGUGCCCUUUGAUCUCCUCAAAACGUUGGAAGGGGAGAAGAUUUUUCAGAACCAUGUCCAGCAUCUGUUCUCAGAGAAAAUGCGGUUAGAAAUGAAGAAUAGAUUCAAGAAGACAUUGGAUAGAGUCCAUUUCAUCAGCCCUGGACAACCCUGGGAAGAGGUCAUGUGUUUUGUCAUGGAGGACGAGGCCUACAAGUAUAUCAGUGAAUCUGAUCGCAGGGAUGUUUACAGCCAGCAUCAGCAGGAAAUAGUUGAAAGGGCCAAAGAGGAAUUUCAGGAAAUGCUUUUUGAACACGCAGAGCUGUUUUAUGACCUUGAUUUAAACGCCACCCCAAGCUGUGACAAAAUGAGCGAGAUCCACACUGUGCUCAACGAGGAGCCCAGAUACAGAGCCCUGCAGAAACUGGCCCCGGACAGGGAGUCACUUCUUCUCAAGCACAUCGGGUUCGUCUACCACCCUACGAAGGAGACGUGUCUGAGUGGACAGAGCUGCGUUGACAUAAAUGUCGAGCAGGUACUGGCUAACAGGCUAGUUCAGCUGGACCAUGGUCGCUCUAAUCUCUACUAUAACAGUGCCAACAUUGAUAAAGUCAAUUUGUGUCUCUUGGGAAGGGAGGGUCUCGCACAAGAACUUGCAAAUGAAAUCCGAGCCCAGUCCACAGACGAUGAGUACACCCUGGAUGGGAAAAUAUAUGAACUGGAGCUUCUGCCUGUUGAUGUCAACUCAACGUUGCUCUUUAGCCAUACGUGGGCGUCGACCUUCAAACCUCAUGGAAUCUUCUGUGUCUUCAGCUCCAUAGAGUCGCUAAAUUGUAUUGGCGACUGCGUAGGGCGAAUCAGGGCAGAGAUUGCACAGAACAGGAGGGAGAGAUACGCUCCACCAUUGCCAUUCAUUCUAAUCCUAGCAAACCAGAGAGACAGUGUUUGCAAAAAUAUGCCUAUCUUAAGGCAUCAGGGCCAACAGCUUGCAAAUAAGCUACAGUGCACCUUUGUAGAUAUACCUUCUGCUACCUUUCCACGGAAGUUUAACGAGUUCCAAAUUAAACAGGCUCUCAGAGGAGUAUUAGAAGGACUAAAGCACAACUUUGAUGUGAUGAGCCCUCUGCCAUCCAUCAAAGACAUGUCAGAGACAGACUUGAGGAUUGUUAUGUGUGCCGUGUGUGGGGAUCCAUUUAGCGUAGACCUCAUCCUCUCACCUUUCCUCGAUUCACAUUCCUGCAGCGCUGGGCAACCUGGCCAAAGUAACACUCUGAUCCUCAACAAAAUCAUCGGCGACAGUCGCAGAAGAAUACAGGUCACUGUCCUCUCCUACCACUCCUCCAUCGGAAUCAGGAAGGACGAGCUCGUCCAUGGAUACAUCCUGGUCUACUCAGCAAAACGCAAGUCCUCCAUGGCGAUGCUCAGAGCUUUCCUGGCGGAGGUCCAAGAUGUCAUUCCUGUUCAAAUGGUGGCCGUCACAGACAGUCAAGCAGACUUCUUUGAGAAUGACCCAAUCAAAGACCUCAUGACUGAAGGGGAGCACAUCGCUACAGAGAUAACCGCCAAAUUCACAGCUCUCUACUCUCUGUCUCAGUACCAUCGUCAGACGGAAGUCUUCACGCCGUUCUUCAACGAGGUGCUAGAGAAAAAGAGCAGCAUCGAGAGCGCCUUCAUGUUUGACAGCUCUCGAGACUGCACGGGUGCGAGUGAAGAUGUCUUCCCCCAGUCUCCCCACAGCCAUUCCCCUGCUUACAGUUACUACCCUGACUCAGAGGACGACACAGAGGCCCCUCCGCCUUACAGCCCCAUCGGGGACGACGUGCAGCUUCUUCCAACGUUUAGCGAACGUGGAAAGUGCAGGAUCGAUCUGGAGGGGAACGAGUACCCUGUCCAUAACACACCUGUCGGUGACCAAGAGCGCAACCACAGAGUGCCUCCCCCGGUUAGACCCAAGCCUAUACUAUCCAAGCCCAACGUCAAGAAGUUGGACCCCAAUCUCCUGAAGACCAUUGAGGCUGGGAUGAGGAGCAACAGACGACAACGCAGCCCCAUGGCCCACGGUGAAGACGUCGAGGCGUCCGACAAUUACGCAGACCCCGUAGACACUCUCCUGAAAUCAAAGGGCUUUAUCGACAACAUCUACGCUGUCCCGGAGGACACCCACAGCAGGACCCUCAAAAUGCGCAACUCGUUUGAGGGGCUUCACGUCUUACACGGGGACGAGGAGAACGGCUUUGACCACAAGGCGCAGGCCAGCAGGAGGCCCUCCAAGUAUAAGCACCGCUCAAAAAUACUCUUCAGCAAAACCAAGAUGUACCACAGACGUGUCCACUCCGACGUCAGCGAUGAUGAGUCUGGGCCGGCCAUGCAGAAGAAGAAGAAGGGCAGGGCCCAUCGGGGCAGCGAGGAAGACCCCCUGCUGUCCCCUGCGGACCCCUGGAAGGGAGGGAUAGACAACCCUGCCAUCACCUCUGAUCCAGAGCAGGAUGACAUGAAGAAGAAAAAGAAGAAAACGCCAAAGACAAAGGAACCUAAAAAGCCAAAAUCCAAGGCCACAAAACCUUUGUACCCUCCCACACGGAGGAAUUGGGAGAGCCACUACUUUGGUGUUCCCCUACAGAACCUGGUCACCCCGGACCGGCCAAUCCCCUUGUUCAUUGAGAAGUGUGUGGACUACAUUGAACGCACUGGACUUACGACAGAGGGCCUGUAUCGCGUGAGUGGUAACAAGACUGAUCAAGACAAUAUUCAGAAGCAGUUUGAUCAAGACCACAGUAUGGACCUGAUAGUGAUGGAUGUGGCUGUGAAUGCUGUGGCGGGGGCUCUGAAGGCCUUUUUUUCUGACCUACCUGGCCCUCUCAUCCCCUACACCCUGCACCCAGAGCUGGUGGAGGCAGCCAAAAUUGUGGACCACAUAGAAAGACUCCAAGUGCUGAAAGAAAUAGUAAGGAAUUUCCCUGCAGUGAACUACAAGGUGUUUAAAUACGUCAUCACUCACCUGAACAGGGUGAGCCAGCAGAGUAAGACCACCCUGAUGACGGCCGACAAUCUAUCCAUCUGCUUCUGGCCCACGCUGAUGCGUCCCGACUUUGAGAACAAGGACACACUCUCCACCACCAAGCUCAACCAGUCUGUCAUCGAGUCCUUCAUCCAGCAGAGCCACUACUUCUUCUACGGCGGAGACAUCCAGGAGAGCUCCAGCACCGAGAGCACCCCACCACCCCACCACUGUCACAGCAUGGUGGAGGCCCUGAGGCCCCUGCAGCUGCCCCCUCCUCUUCAGCCCCAGCAGAUCCAGCACAGUAUGUCCCUGCAGCCUGAACCACUCAUAUAGACCCCCCCACCCAUCCCCCCAAGCCCCAGGAUUGGAGGACCCAGGUGGGGUAGGUAUAAGGCUGGGCUGGUGGGGGGACAUAGGGGGAUGUGAUGUGUCCUCCUUUCCCUUCCCUUUGGAGUCCCUCUGACUGCAAAACAAAACAACAACAUUACUAAAUGAUCAACUUUGUUCUCUGCUCCCCUUUCUGGGCGACUGACUGGAUUCAGGGGUGACUGACUCAUCGAGCUAUCCACCAGGAGCAAAAAACAUUCAGUGCUGUACAGUAAUACACAGUAAUAAAGAUGCUGUAUGCCUCCAGCAGAGGGACAAAAACAUGCGAUGCAAAAAUGAUUUGCUAAAUUCUACAACACCUUGCAAAAUAUAAGGAAAAUAUAUUUAUACUAGUUGUGCUUUGUUUUUUUAAACCCUUUAUUCAUUCAAGUGAACUUGACGUUAGAUGAUGCACCAUCUGUUAUGAUACUUCUACCAGCGUAGAUAUUCUUCUGCUUGUUUAUUUUUCUAUGAUUUGGCGAUGAUGAUGAUGAUGAUGAUGGAUUCUUGUAUUUUUACCAGUAUGAUUUACAUUUUUAUCUGAAUGGUUUGAGGGUCAGAAAGACAGUGAACGUUGGCAGGCUUUGUCUCUCUACCUGCUCCCAAUGCCUCGCACUGUUUGGGAGGGAGGGGACUCUACGUGAAAGACUGAUGCUGUACUGCACCAGACCGGGACAUAAGACAGACAGACAGACUGGCCUUCUAUCUCCUAUUGGAGCAGAACUCAUGCAAUUCCUGAAGCUUAUGAAGGAAGCAUCCCACUACUAGAACCCUGCUGGCACAUCUCUGUGUUAACUCUGAAAUGAACGCAUUGCAAAGCAGUCUCAGUCUCUCUUGUUUUGUUUUGUUCAACUUUGUUUUGUUUAAUUGAUGAAAUGUCUUGGCGGUGGUGAUACUCACCAAUAAGAGACCUUUGUGUUCUUCUGUUUGUUCAACUAAAUUUGCAUGUAUUUUUUUGCCUCCAAAAAAUGAACAAUAAAAAAAAAAGACUGAAAUUACAACUCAA